AUGAUCCGACAACCCAGCAGUGUGAUUAUCGCAGGCCCGUCGGGCAGUGGCAAGACGGAUUUGGUGGAACAAUGGUUACGGUACCUCAACGUGUUUCAAGUCAAACCCCGUAAGAUUGUGUAUGCCUAUGAUCGCUGGCAACCCCGAUUCGAGCGUAUGCAACAAAAGGAUGGGAUUCAAUUUUAUCGCGGGUUACCGGACCCCCGUCAUUUGACGCAAUGGUUUGGUCGAACGCGUGGCGGGGUGUUGGUCUUGGACGACCUGAUGGAAGAAGGGGGACAAGACAAGCGCGUGUUGGAUUUGUUCACCAAAGAUUCGCAUCAUCGCAACAUCACGGUGUUGUAUUUGACGCAAGAUUUAUUCCCGCCGGGUAAAUUUUCCAAGACCAUCAAUCGCAACGCGCAUUACAUUGUGGCCUUCAAAAACCCCCGGGAUCAAACAGGGAUACGGACCAUUUUAUUGCAAGCCUUUCCGGAUCGAUGGCGUCAAGUCUUGCGCCUAUUUAAACGCAUCACGGCCCGUCCGUUUGGCUAUUUGAUGUUGGAUGUACAUCCAGCCUCGGAUGAUCGCUACCGCCUGUGGAGUCAUUUAACGCCCCGAGAAGGCAAAGCCCAAGUCCACACCUUGCGGGCGGAUGUCCCUGCCGAUCGAAAACGCGCUGCUACGAGAACGCGAACGUCAACGGCGGCAAAGAGAAGGCGGACAACAUACUGAGUUAGCUGCUCGCAUGGACGCUCACACGCCCGCGGGGGUAGGUUCCCCCUCGGUCCUCCGAGAUCUCAGCAGCAUGACGGACAUGGUGACCGAAUUGUCUCGACCCGUGGAUCGUACCCAAUUGCAGCAAGACAUUGACGAGUUCAAUUUGACUUACCCGGUCAAUGUAGACGAUGCCUUGAAUGCCUUCACGCUCCCGCCCGUGGCAGGCACUGGUACAGCCCCUGUCACCACUGCCACCACCACCACCACCACGGCAGCCCCAACCCGCCCCACGACCACCACCACCAGCCGACCACGACCCGUCACGUCCACCCGAACACGCCCUACCACCACGGCUACGACCACCACCGCCCCUGCCCGCCCCUCCACCUCCCGCCGCAGUGUCGGGGCAGGAACCAGGACUACCACCUCGACCGUGACCACCCCCACUGGACGCCCCACCAUCGCUGCCAAACAACCGCGACGGCGCCCCAGGGUGCCCUCCCCACCGUCCCCAGGUUCGUCCCCUCCGUCCGAUGACGAGGAUGGCGAUGAUGAUGAUGACGAUCGACGGCGAGGCUUAAGGCGACGGUUGGAUUUGCUCAAUGAAGAUGCUCAAGAACGGGCACGAGGUCGACGGAUUCGCAACAUCACGCACACUAAUACGGUGACGACCGUCUAUGAAGAGGGGGGUCGUCCCUCGGUGCGCCGCACCUCCACCCGAACCUCCAGCCCAAGUCCACCCAGACCACCACGCCGAGGACGGGGCCGUGGCCGAGCACGCGGACGGGGCCGAGCCCGUGGACGAGGUCGUAGUAUAUAAAAACAGGGACCUUUCUUCCCCUGUCCCAAAAAUGUGUGGCCGUUGUCGAUACGCGAUGGGACGCAAACGCCAACGCAGGACGACACGACGACGACCCGCCAAACGACGACGGCGUGUGAGUCAAGUAGGGGGUGUUGCGGUCAGCAUGCCCCUAGGGAUUCUCAAAGCCGGCUAUGGGAUCACCAAAGCCAUCGGGGAUCAUCAAACCAAGCGUGCCAUCGCCAUUGGCGAAAAACGUCGACGAGAAGUGGCCUCCGGCAAACGGAAAAAAUACGCGGGGGAAUCCUUUAAUUGUUCCAUUAUGUAAAAAAACUAUAAAAGACCCAAGGUGUGUCCUCCCUCGGACAGUUCAUCAUCAUCAUGUAUUGUGGUCCACGACGACGAAAACGACGCCGAAAGCAACGCGGGGGUAUUCUCCCGUUUCUCAUUCCCGCAGCGGUGGCUGCCGCCGUCCUCAUGAAGAAGAAAAAGAAAAAGAAAGUGGGCAAGAUGAGUGCCGCCAAUCAACGACUGGCCCAACGACGAGUCCAGCGGAUGUUCAAUCGAAUGCCGGGUUGGGCUGGUUCGAAACGCUGAAAAGGCUAUAAAAGAAACGCUGGGUGGGACACACGAUUCUCAUUGAAGAAUGGUUCGUGGCCCCAACGGUCGUCGACAUCGUUAUGUCCCUCGAAUACGACGCCGCCGACGUGGACGCCAACGCGGUGCUAAACUCCCGCUGUUGGCAAUGGCUCUCUCGCCUUUGUAUCUCCGGAAAUUCAAACCCAGAAUCCGACUACGACGCCCAGACUAAACGACGCCCAAAACGCAAAGCCGUCACGUUUGCGUUGGAUUGGGAUGACCAGUAUGUUGCCGCCUUGUGUGCCCGGUGCCGACAUCACAUGCAAACGCAUUAUCAUGGGGAAUUGUGUGGUCGGUGUGGCGCCAUUUUUACCAUAAAUAGACCUUGGUCCUUGCCUGAACUCGAGAUUCAUCAUGGGGUGGCGCAUGGAACGUCAAGCCCCGUUCUUAAAAAGUGUCUUACGAGAAGCCAAUCAACACAAACGACAAGAAUUGUUGCGGAUGGCCAAUGCGGAUCAGAUCAAUGCUGUCAGUGAAUUGGUGAUGAAUACCCUCCGUGGCACCGUCCCCCGUUCCCGACACACCAUUACGUUACUCAAACCUCACGCUCAGAGUUUACGCGCCAUGGCUAAACCCGCUCAUUCCGUCAAACGCCGACGCGCUAUCAUGAUGGCUCAAAAAGGGGGUACCCUCUGGCCGGAACUCUACCGAUGUUAUAAACGUUGCAUGCGUUAAAGAAAACCCCUCAGUUGCACCAUGGAACCCGAGAUGGUCAGCACCACGGUGAACAACGCCCCGGCUUUUUUACAAUUACGAGACCAGUACAAACAAGAAUUGGUGGAAGACACCCGCUUGACCAAAGCCGCCGAUUUAGCCGCCAAACAACAUGUCCUCUUGACCAGUGAUGUCCCUGAUGCCUGGAAACGGCCUCAACUCAAAGCCGUCAGCCGUCAAUUACGCCAUUGGACUAAAAAAGUGCGCCAACCCUUUGGAGCCGCUGCUGGGGGUGUGACCGCUGCCGGGGCCACGACGCCGGGCGACGAUGAUUUUGAAGCGGGUCCCAUGCAAGCCUGGUUCACGCAAUUGGUCAAGGCCACCCAGGGUAUAAAACAAGGCACCCCGACUGGUGGACCCAGAAAACCCCCUGUCCCGCCCAAACCAAGGUUCACGCCCAGUGCCAAAAAGAAACUCAAGUUUACCACCCCAUCGACCAGUGCGGAGUUGGCCAAAGAAUUGCCCUUUUCAGAGGACGUGGGCCCGACACCUUGGGACACCCCCUCCUUAGCCGUCAAGCGCAAAAUCAGACAAAAAGCCAAAGAAGUGGCCAAAAAGAGAGCUACGAGUAUCGCCAAAAAGAAAGCCGCAGGUUGGGCCAAGAAAGCCUUGGAUUGGAAAUCGUGGAAAACCCCCUAA